UAAAUCAGUUCAAAGUAAACCUUUGAGAGCUAAAUACAUCUUCUAUUGAUUUAGAAAUCAAAUAACCAGUGUCGAAUACAAAAUGCGUGUCUUUAUCGUGUGCUGCUUGCUCGCUGUUGCCUCUGCCGACAAACUGGGCUACAAUUAUCAUCCUGUCGGACAUUCAGAUAGUGGACUUUCCUUCGCACCAGGCGGUAGCAGUGGUGGAUCCGGUGGUGUUGGUCCAGCUGCGUCCGGUCCAGCGUACUCAGCACCAGCACCAGUUGCCGAAUACGAAAAGGAAUUCUACACAUAUAGUGCCGAUGAGAACGACUUCAGUGAACCAGCUGACAAUGGUCAAGUGGUCGAAUCAUUGAAGAAGAACUUGCGUGUCAUCUUCAUCAAGGGACCCGAAGGCAAUGGCUUGGAGAAAGCUGCUGCCAACCUCGCCAGACACGUUUCCGAAGAGAAGACCGCCAUUUAUGUAUUGCAGAAACAAGCCGAUUUGGGCGGUUUGGCUAACCAAUUGCAGGCUCAACACGAUGUGCAACGCAGCAAACCCGAAGUACACUUCGUCAAAUAUCGCACACCCGAGGAUGCUGCCAACGCUCAACGCGCCAUCCAACAGCAAUACGAUCAAUUGGAAGGUAAAUCUCAAUCGCACGAUGGUGGUGUUGCUCCAGUUCACAACUAUGCAUCUCCUGCUGCUCAACCAGCUCCACGUCCAGUUAGCGCUCCUGGUGCUUCUUACCUGCCAUCCUCGAUUCUCCGCUUCUAAGAAGUUAAGGAGUAACUGGUUAUUGUUAUGACUUCGAAAAUCCACAGACUGAUGUUGUUAUUGAUUGUUGAUUAGUGUUAAUAAAGAAUAUUUUUUUAAAUUUUUACGCAAACAAA